ACAGUUCAAGACAAAAUCAAAACAAAACCGUAUCAUUUCACCGUCAGCGGAUAACCACUACCAAAAGCAUACCAUUCAGUUACUCUGACGCGAUGGUUCCUAACACAUGUCCCUGAACUGAUCACAUCGUAUAUUGGGCUCGCUAACAGCUGCAGCUGCAAAUUAGGUCAUAGCCGUCCAUGGAACAUGAUUACAAGGAUGGUGUCGACAACAGUUAUUAAGAUGGUGGAAGUGAAAACAUCCAAGGCGAACCUUAGAAACAAAAUGAAGCAAAUUAUCAAAGACAUUCCCAAUCCAGAAAGGCAAAAACAGUCCAAAAAGGUCGUGGAAAAGCUCUUCAACCUGAAGCAAUAUCGAAACGCAAAGACUAUCUCAAUAUUUUUGAGUAUGAAAACAGAAAUCGACACAGAACCUGUUAUAUAACAGACAUACAAUGGAAAUGGUGGAACUACAUUCGAUGGAGGACUGGGAAAACCUACCUGUGACCAAAUGGAAUAUCAAACAGCCACCCUUUGGGGGUGACAGAAGAGAUGCUAUGGAUACAGGUAUAAUAUUUCAUUUCUCUGAGCAUCUCC